AUUUCCAUGCCGACAAGUCCCAACUCCCAGGCUUCGAUUUUGUUUUGUGCCUAAUUCUGAAUGCAUAAGGUUGUCCAAAUUCAUUGUUUCUUUUUGGUUUCUUAGUACAUCAUUUCCAAUUAUCCCAAAAAAUUUCAGUUUUGGCUAUAUAUCCACUGUGGUGUAAGGAACCAAACAACCAUGUCUACAGUAGUAGCUAUGGUAUCUUCUUCCACCACGGUUCAACCCUGUUCUUCCUGGACCUGUGGCUCCUUUCCCAUUUCAAAGCUCGCUCCAUCACUCUAUUUCAAAGCCAGAACCAGAACCAGAACAAGAACCAGCUUAACAUGGUUGAAUACACAACCUCGUGCUGCUUUGGCUGAGGCAGCAACACCAAGUUCAGCUCCUUCACCUGCACUCAGAAAUGGGUCCCUCAAGGUGCUUGCUCUUCCAGGGGAUCGUGCUGAUGACCUGCAAGCUGAGGCUAGAGCCAUGGUUCGUGCUGCCAAUGCUUCUGUCUACACCCCUCAACUUGUUGCUUCCAAAUAUGGUUCUCAACCCUUCAAGGUGGUGGGAAGGACCCUUCAGAUUCUGAGUGCAUUAGGUUCAUUUUGGUUGAAGUUAUUGUUGGACCAAAGAAAUGGAGUGCUUGAUCAGAAUAGAAAGAUUCGUGCAAUUGAGCUCAGAACUAUAUUCACUCGGUUGGGACCAACUUUUAUCAAAUUGGGUCAGGGAUUGUCUACCAGGCCUGAUAUAUGUCCACCUGAGUAUCUAGAGGAGCUCUCUGAACUUCAAGAUGGUUUGCCAACAUUUCCUGAUGAGCAGGCCUUUGCUUGCAUUGAGAGGGAAUUAGGACUAUCUCUUGACUCUAUUUACUCUUCGAUAUCUCCAUCACCUGUUGCAGCAGCCAGUUUGGGUCAAGUUUAUAAAGCUCAGUUGAGGUCCUCUGGGAAACUCGUCGCUGUCAAGGUGCAACGCCCUGGCAUUGAAGAAGCUAUAGGAUUGGACUUCUUCCUAAUAAGAGGUCUAGGGUUUCUCAUAAAUAAAUAUGUGGACGUAAUCACCAGUGAUGUUGUUGCACUUAUUGAUGAAUUUGCACGUAGAGUUUUUCAAGAGCUCAACUAUGUGCAGGAGGGACAAAAUGCAAGGAGAUUCAAAAAAUUAUAUGCUGACAAGGAAGAUAUCAUUGUUCCUGAUGUUUUCUGGGACUAUACAAGUGCCAAAGUAUUAACGAUAGAGUGGGUUGAUGGGGUCAAACUAAAUGAGCAAGAAGCAAUUGAGAGACAAGGAUUAAAAGUCUUGGAUCUGGUAAACACAGGCAUACAAUGCAGCCUUAGACAGCUACUUGAGUAUGGAUAUUUCCAUGCUGAUCCUCAUCCUGGGAAUCUUUUGGCAACACCUGAGGGAAAGCUUGCUUUUCUUGAUUUUGGGAUGAUGAGUGAGACUCCAGAAGAAGCAAGAGUUGCCAUAAUUGGUCAUGUUGUUCACUUGGUUAACCGAGACUACGAGGCUAUGGCUCGUGACUACUAUGCUCUUGAUUUCUUAUCAAAUGAUGUUGAUAUAUCUCCAAUCGUACCAGCACUUCGAAACUUCUUUGAUGAUGUACUUAAUUAUACUGUGAGUGAGCUUAACUUCAAGACACUGGUGGAUGGCCUGGGAAAUGUUUUGUACCAAUAUCCAUUUAAUGUCCCACCAUACUACGCAUUAAUAUUAAGAUCUCUCACUGUUUUAGAAGGUUUAGCAUUAUAUGCUGAUCCCAAUUUUAAGGUGCUUGCUGCCUCAUACCCCUAUUUUGCUAAAAGGCUCCUAACAGAUCCAAAUCCAUAUCUAAGAGAUGCUCUUAUUGAGUUGCUUUUCAAGGAAGGGAGAUUCAGAUGGAAUAGACUUGAAAACCUGCUAGUCCAGGGGAGAAAGGACAGAGAUUUCUCCGCUAAAGAGGCUUUACAACCUGUCUUCAAGGUAUUGUUGAGUCCAGAUGGUGAAGAGCUGAGGACUCUAGUUAUCAAAGAGGUUGUUCGUGUAUCUGAAGCUUUUACUCUUGUGACAAUUUCUGAUACAUACCCGUAUUUUCCUGCCUUUGUGAGGACCCUUGUCUUCUAUGGCAAUGCAAAUGGACCCUUCAUGAUGUCAGAAACGGAAAAGGAAAGCAUGAUAGAGCUUAGAGAUCAAGUGAUUAGGAUAUGGGGACUUCUGCAAUCCUCUGAUGGUUUUGAUCCAGCUCUUUUGCUACCAAUAUUACAGGUCCUUCAACAACCUGAGGCACGUAAACUUGGGGGGCGUGUUGUGGGUGGGAUCUCUCAACGUUUAGCAGCUCGCAUUCUUCAUCAAGUACUUCAGGUCCCAAGAGCAGCUUCUACAUAGAUUCUGUGUCACUAGAAAGGCUAGGUUAUUAUAGACAGGGAAGAUAGGAGUUACAUUCCUAAGUCCUAACACAAGAAGAAAAAAGUAAGAAGUUGAUUCUGCAAAAAUUGUUUGAUUCUCUUGUCAGUUUUGGAUCUUCCAAUUUGGUCCAAAAAACUGUAUAUGGGGUUUGCUCAUCAUUAUUGAUGCUGUGUCGUCAAGAUCAGCAUCAAGGCAUCAUAAUAUAAUAAUAGCAAUUGGUAAGUCAUUGCUCUUACGUGCACAUCUUGCGGUUUCUUAUUCAUUAUGCCACAGAGAUAUUUCGGUAAAAUUAACAAUUAUAGAGCUUGAUUCCAUAUGGAACUAGAAUUUGAAGGAGAAAACAUGUAGGCUUGGCAAUGGCAUAAAU